AUGUGUGCUGCUGCUGCAGCAGCUGCAGCAGCAGCAGCAGGAGGGGUUGACCCUUCGGGUGCCGCAUCUGCUGCAGCAGCACCACCAGCACCAGCAGCAGCAGGAACAGCAGCAGCAGCAGCAGCAGGAGGAGGAGAUUUAUCUACGGAGCUAAGGAAAUGUCUUGCUUCUUUUCGUCACCUUAAGCAACUCUUAUUAUCUACAGAUACGCAUCCUUUGCUGCUGCAGCAGCUGCUGCAGCAGCAGCCGCUGCAGCAGCGGAUAAUUGCCUUACGUUCCUCCUUUCUUUCUUGUGUAGAUAGGGCCCUCCCUCCUUCUGUUGCUGCUGCUACAUCUAAAUCUAUACAAUUGCUGCAGCAGCAAUGGGCAGAAGCAGUUAAGGAUUCUUUACCUAUUCCUGCUGCUGCUGCUGCUGCAGCAGCAGCAGCAGCAGCAGGAGCAGGAUCUUCUGGUACCGGUACAACAGCUACAGGAACCGGAUCAACGCCGCAACAAGGCAGCAACAACAGCAGCAACAGCAGCAGCAACAGCAGCAGCAGCAGCAGCAAUGCAGCAGCAGCAAGCAGCAGCAGCAGCAGCAGCAGCAGCAGCAGUGGGCUUACACUGCAGCAGGUCUGUAAGGAAUUUGCUCUGCUGCUGCUGCAGCAGCACGACCUAGAGGGGAGACUCCUCCAGCUGUAUACGCAGCUAAAUGAGCAGCAGGACCCCAGUACUUGUUUAUUUAAGCAGCAGCAGCAGCAGCUGCAACAGCUGCAGCAGCAGCAGCAGUCUUCUCAGUGUAGCAAUAAUAGCAGCAACAGCAGCAGCAGGAAUACUGUUGCAGCAGCAACAGCAGAUGCUGCUGCUGCUGCUGCUUAUGAGCUACAUGAGCUGCAGCAGCUAACAGAGACACUGCAGCUGCAGGAUGCUGUUGUCUUAUGUCUUGCUGCAGCAGGACGAGCAGCACGAGCUCUCGGCAUAACCAGCAGCAGCAGCAGCAGCAGCAACAGCAGCAGCAGCUGCUGCAGCGACAGUCUAUACAGAUUCUGCUCCCUAGUCUAUGAGGACAGGUACUGUGGGGCCCUAGCAGCACGCAGCAGCGAGAGGCGCUCGCUGCUGCUGAGCCGCAGGCUGCUGCGCCUAGCGCAGCAGCUAGGAGGCUCUUGUGCUGUUGCUGCUGUUUCUUGCAUGCCCCUGCAACAGGUUAUUGAUAUCUGCUGCUGCAGCAGCAGCAACAGCAGCAGCAGCAACAGCAGCAGCAGCAGCAGGGAGGCCCUCGUCGCCUUCGUAGAGGGGCCCCGCUUUGCUUCGUUGCAUAGAGAUGUUAUGAGCAACAGCUUACAGGGGCUAAGAGAGGCGCUGCAGCAGCAGCAGCAGCAGCAGCAACAGCAGCAGCAGCAGCAGCAAAAUGGUGCAGCAAAUGCAGCAGCAUUUGCUCAAGGUGGUGGGGUGUAUGAGGACCUCCUCUAUAGCUGCUAUAUUGAUCACCCUACAGCAGCACCUUUGCUGCUUGCUGCUCAUGCUGCUGUUCUUGCGGCUUAUAAGAAGAUCCGCAGCAGCAGCAGCAGCAGCAACAGCAGCAGCAGCAGCAGCAAUAACAGCAACUUAACAGACGAAGAAAUCGAUCUAUUUUUGUCACAAGCAGCAGACAUAGUAAUGCCUCUGCUGCCGCAUGCACUGCAGCAGCAGCUGCUGCAGCACGAGCUGCUACAGCAGCAGAAGCAGCAGCAGCAGCAGGAUCCACUGCAGCAAGAGUUUGCCACGCAGCUGCUGCUGCUGCUAGAUGCAUGUCUUGCUGCUUUCCCUCUUAAUAACUUACAAUGCCACGAGCUGUACGUACACUCUGCAUGCGAGUUGCUGUCGUUGCUGCCGCAGCAGCGGCGGCGUCUGUUUCAUCUGCUGCAGCAGCAGGUGCAGCAGCAGCAGCAACAGCAGCAGAAGCAAGAGGUUGGCUGCAGCAGCGGCCUGCUGCGGUUGCUGCAGGCAUACAUAUCUAUCUUUCCUUAUGGUGCCCAUCUAACGCUGCAGCUCCUUACAGCCAUCCUGCCGCAGCCGCAGCAAGAGCAGCAGCAGCAGCAGCAGCAGCAGCAGCAACAGCAGCAGCAAGGGAACGAAGAAGCAGACUGUGAUAUAAUAGACAUGGGGGCCCCCCUGCAGUAUUUGCUGCUGCUUUCCCAACCCCUUUCUUCUAUCUUGCUGCCUCCUAUAGACGGUAUGGUAUUUGCAGCAGGCAGCAGCCAGCAGCAGCAGCAGCAGCAGCAACAGCAGCAGCAGCAGCAGGGUGGGGUCUGCAGCAGCAACCUUACAGCAAAGACAGGGGCAACUUAUGUUGCUGCUGCUCCUCUUCCUAUUGAGCCUUGUUUGGCGUUGCUGCUGCAGCUGGACGCACCGCAGACGGGCCUGCAGCAGCAGCAGCAGCAGGUGCUGCAGCAGCAGCAACAGCAGAUGGGGUUCGAUGCAGCAGCAGCAAAUGGUGGUGUCCUCUGCUGGUCCUUUAUUCCCUCAGGGGCAAAGGGUGCUGCUGUGCAGCUGCCUCUAUGGCGUUUCUUACAGGCAGCAGCAGCAACAGAAGCAGCACUGCAGCAGCAGCAGCAGCAACUGCAGCAGCAACUGCAGGAAGAGGAUGAUGAUAAUACAGAGCAACAAGGACAGGAGCUCUGGAUGACGCCAACAGCGCGGCCACAGCAGCAGCAGCAACAGCAGCAGCAGCAGCAGCAGCAGCCGGGCUUCUGGUGUCUAGACACUGAUGGCUGCAGGCUAGAGCCUGUUACUCUAAGACAUCCAAUCUGUGCCAACAGCAGCAGCAGCAGCAGCAGCAGCAGCAGCGGUUGCUGCAGCUGCUGCCGUGACAAUACCAGCAGCACAUUUGCAGUGCGGUGGACCCUUCCUACCAGCAGCAGCAACAGCAGCAGCAGCAGCAGCAGCAGCCACCGCCGCUGCUUCUCCCUAUUAAAGGCUGCUUGGCUGCUGAUGGAUUUGGGGCUGCAGCAGCAAACUGCAUGCGCUGCUGCUGCGCUGCCACCAGCAGCAUUUAAGGCCUUCGUUGCUGCCUGCGGGCUAUGGGCACGUAUUGCUUCUUGGCCUGCUGCAGCAAGAGCAGCAGCAGAAGCAUAUAUUGCCUGUGAGGUGUAUGGACAUACUCUGGAGACAGCAGCAGCAGCAGCUGCUGCUGCAGUUGGAGGUGGUGCAGCAGAUGCUGCAGCAGCAGCAGCAGCAGCACCCUUCUUGCUGCUGCCUCGCUUCUAUCUGUUGGUAUCCUUAGCUGCUACUCGCAGCCAAUUACGUCUGCUGCUGCCAGAAGCUCUUACCGCACUCAGGUCUUGUUUGCUGCCUGGCUACGUUGUUGAUGUUGACCGAUGUUUGCUGUUCCUGCAGCAGCAGCAACAGCACCAGCACCAACCGCAGCAGCAGCAGCAGCAGCGCGGGCCUUGCAAAUGCCUAGUGGAGCUGCCGCUGCAGCACCACGAGUUGCUGCUGUCUCCUGAGCUCCUACAUUCUGGUUGGCGUUUCCUGCAGUUGUGCUGCGGCCUGCAGCAGCAGCAGCAGCAGCAGCAGAGCGGCUUCCUGUCGCUGCAGCAGCUGCUGGAUGCCCUUGCUGCAGCAGCACAAGAAGAACGCGACAUAAGGACAUACACUGUAUUAAGAAGCACGUUGCUGUUCUUGCUGCAGUUGCUGCUGUCUGUGCCUCCUGCUGCUUGGACAGUCCCUUGGCAGCAGCAGAGUUUAUUAGCAGCAGCAGCAGCAGCAGAAGGCCUUGAUCAGCUGCAGCACAGCAAACGCCGUCACAGCAGCAGAUCAUCAUCAGCAGCAGCAGCACAAGAGGGACAUGUUGGUGGCAAUAGUAGUGCAUCUGCUGCCGCAUCUCUUGCGCAUGUGUAUUUGCUGCCAAUGCUGCAGCAGCAGCAGCAGCAGCAGGACAUCCCUGAGGAGCUGCUAGAAGCAGCAGCGCAGCAGCAAAUACGCGAGUUUGCUGCUGUCUGCAACUUUUUAUUUUGCGGUGUCUUUGCGCGCAUGCCUGCAUGGGUAUUCCUGCAUCCUGAGGAUCGCUGCAGCACAGCGCAGCUGCUGCUGCUGGUCGUGCUGCAGCUGCUGCCGCUGCUGCACUGGGCAGCACAACCACCCGUAUCAGCAGCAGCAGCAGCAGCAGCAGCAGGAAAGAUGUCCCUUCUAGCCAUUAGGCAAUGGGCUAAUAAAGGUCUUAAUGAGCUGCCUAUACACUUCAACUCUGCUGCAUUUGCUGCCAGCAGCAGCAGCAGCGCAGCAGCAGCACUUCGCGAUGCUGCUGCUCGAGGAGUACAUAGACAGCUCGAGCAUAGUAGCAAAGACAGCAGCAGGUUCAGUGGAGCAGCGGGUACCAUGGGACAACAGCAGCAGCAGCAGCAGCAGCAGCAGCAGCAGCAGCAGCAACAGCCAGGUGUUAGUUUCUUUACUCGUGUACCCAAUGAGCAGCAGCAACUGCAGCAGCUGCAGCAGCUGCAGCAGCAUGACCCGCAGCAGCACGAGGAGCAGCAGCAGCAGCUAGUGUAUAAUGAGUUCCCUAUAUCCUUGCUGCCUGAUCCUGUCUUCCUAAAUCCUUACACAGCAAUAGGCAGAUGGUCAGGGCAUUGGUGCUGCUCCUUAGUAGAGCAGCAGCUGCCAUUUACUGCAGCAGCAGCAGCAGCAGGAGGUGCAGCAGCUGCUGCUGCAGCUGCAGCAACAUCUGCUGCUGCUGCUGUUGCUCCUUGUAGGGAACAAUCACAAUGUGUUGUCCUUGGAGCCUUCGAGGCCCUUCAUCAUAUGCUGCUAGCUGCAUGCAGCCCCAAUUCCUCGUUGCUGCUGCAGCGAUUAACAGCAGAGUUGCUGCGGCUAUCCCUGCAGCAGCAGCAGCAAAUAGGGUGUCUCCUGUCUCCGUCAGGGGGGGAUGGUGUCCCUGGUCAUCAAGGAGACUUACUUGCUUCGCUGCAGCAGCAGCAAUUCCUUUCUCUCUUAUCUAGCAGCGGCAUUAACACAGGAGACUGUAUCCUCAGCAGCAGCAGCAGCAGCAGCAGCAGCACAGAGGGGGCUAUAGAAGGACUUGAAUGCCCAGCAACAUUUGCUCAAUCUAUCUUUGCUUUUAUUGAUUCACGAGUAAAAGUUGCUGCUGUCUCUGUUCUUACAUUAUUGUGUCUCCUAUGGAAGCAGCAGGAGCUGCUGCAGCAGCAGCAGCAACAGCAACAGCAGCAGCAGCAGCUGAUGCUGCAGCAAAGACAGCGCAAACUCGUCGCUCUGUCCCAAGGUGCGCAGCAACCAAUUAAUCAGCUAGCACCAUGGGAUGGCAUCUGCAGCAGCAGCAGCAGCAGCAGCAGCAGAUGGUACAGCAGCAGCGCAGCACUGUGUCUUGCUGCUGCACUCGCGUAUGAGCCCGAAGAUCUGCAGCUACUCUUCCGUGACAAUCUUAACCAGCAGCAGCUGCAGCAGCAGGCAGAUGCGGGGAAAGGGAGCAGCAGCAGCAGCAGCAGCAGGAGAUGGAUUAGGCGGCUGUAUACGGACAGACUAGUAGGUAGGCUGCUGCGUUAUUUAUUUGGUAAGGAGCAGCAGCUGCUAGAGUACAGGCUGCUGCUGCUGCAGCUCGUGCUGCUGUCGCUGCAUACGCAGCAGCAGCUGCUGCUAACAGGGGAAGAAUCUGCCUUUGCUGCUACAGUGCAGUUCUCGCAGCAAGUCCUCUUGGAUGUGCUGCAGCAGCAGCAGCAAGAGCAGCAGCAGCAGAAACUGCAGCAGCAGCAGCAGCAACAGCAGCCGGGUCUUCUGUUGGGACAGCUGAAGAUUAUUAGAUUGGCGCUGCUGCUGCUGCAGCAGAUUACCUGCGUGUACAGACCACGAGCAGCACUGCAGCAACUGCGGCAGCAGAGCAGCCACACUGGGUUGGAGGGGCUUAAUAGCAGCAGCAGCAGCAGCAGCGGAGCAGCAGGAGCAGCAGAAGCAACAGGUACAGCAGCAGAAACUCCUAGUGGCCCUGGUGGAUGGGUCUUGCUGCUGCAGAUAGGGCAGCUGCUGCUGCGCCAAUGGCAGCAAAUGUCUUGGAGCCGCAGCAGGAGUUGGCUUGCUGCAGCAGCAAAUGAAUUAAAAAGCUGCUGCUCUGUGCAGCAGCUGCUGCUGCGUAGCCAACAAGAUGGUGGAUUGUGGCCUCUACAGAUGCUGCUGCAGCAGCAGCAGCAGCAGCAAGGUGCCUUGCAUGCAAGGCGAAUGCAACCCCUCAGUGCAGCUGUUGCAUGCAGCAGCAGACUCUUGUCUGCUGCUGCAGCAGAUCUACCACUCUAUGCACGUUGCGACGGCCGCAGCAGCAGCAGCAGUGGCGUCAGCCGAAGCAACAGCAGCAACAGCAGCAAUAACGAGGAACAGCAGCAGCAAGAAGACACGGAUGAUGAGGAUGCAUGCGCGCAGCUGCUUGCUGCUGUAGAGAUCUGUGGGGCCCUGCAGUCUAUUUGCUGCAUUGUUACUUCGCAGCUGCGCUUCUUACCAUCAGCUCUGCGCGACAGCAAAGGCACCAGCAGCAGCAAGUGCAGCAGCAGCAGCAGCAGCAGCAGCAGCAGCAGCAGACAUUAUGGCGAGCUAGCUGACUACCAAGCAUUCUUUGAUUGCUUAGAGUUCCUAUCAUCUAAUAGAGACCUCCUUGAGGCUCUUCUUCCGCUGCAGCAGCAGCAGCAGCAGGAGCUGCAGCAGCUGCAGCAGAUGCAGCAGCUGCUGCAGCAGCAGGAAGACGUAAACCCUGGAUUGGUCCCCUUAAAGACAGCAACAGAGUGUUGGUUAGGUUUGCUGCAGGCAGCACCUCCGGUGUAUCAGCAGCUAGACGACUCUGCAGCAAUAGCAGCAGCAGCAGCAGCAGCAGGAGGUGAAUCUUGUGCCAGCAUUAUCAACAGCUACAGCAACAGCAGCAGCAGCAGCAGCGAGCAGCAGCAGGAGUCAGACGAAGGUUUGCUGCUGCCUAAGGAUGUAGAGAGAGCAAGUAUAUGCCUAGCAGGAAGGAGACAGUUAGGUGUCUCCUUUGCUGUAGGCGGGAGACAGUUGCUGUUCUUAUCCCUGCAUUGCUGCCUGCUGCAGGAGAGGCUGCUGCGUGCACGCCUAGGUGCAGCAGCAACAAUGCAGCAGCAGCAGCAGCAGCAGCCGCUGCUGCUGCAGUCUGUUGGUAUACCAUGGAUGCUAGCAGGUGUCUCCUCUAGGGCAUCUGUUGGGCUGUCUCUAUCCGUGGCGCAGCAGCAGCUGCUGCAGGUGUAUACGCAGCUCUUCCUUGCAUGCAGAGAUGCAGCAGUAUAUCCCUUAUAUAUACCAAGACCAAUAAGCAGCAGCAGCAGCAGCAGCAGCGGAGGUACGGAUGCCUCCCCUGCGCCUAAUAGGCCACCUUUCUCAGGAAUGCUGCUGCCGCUGCUGUCUCUUAUUGCUGCUGUCCCUGCAGCAAGACAAGAUCUGCUGCUGCAGCGCGAGGGAUUCUUUAAGGUUGCUGCUUUUGCUGCGCAGCAGCUGCUGUGUGCUAGCUGGUGUACAGAUAUCUGCGCAAGCAAGAAGUUGCCACCAUGCAGUAGCAGCGGCAGCAGCAGCAGCAGCACUAGCGCAGCAGCAGCAGCAGCAUUGCAGCAGCAAAAGGCACAUGUGUCUCUUGAUCUGCUGCUAGGCCCUGGAGGUGUCACCUCCCUGCCCCACACAGUACAGCCCGCGCUGCUGCUACCGCAGCAGCAGCAGCAGCAUCCACCUUUAACACCAGCAGCAGCAGCAGCAGAGUUGCUGCAGCAACCAGUUGUUGAUGGCGUAGUAUCCAUCCCCAGUAGGGACGUGCUGCGAUAUCUUAGCUGCUCCACUGCAGCAGCAGACAAACAGCAGCAGCAGCAGCAGCAGCAGCAGCAGCAGCAGCAGCAGCAGCAACAACCCGCAGACAGUUUGCUGUUUGCAGCCCUUAAUAGCGCUCUUGCAGUAAUAGCUCUUGUCCAUCAGGCGUUGCUGACUGGGGCAAAGCAAGAGCAGAAGCAGCAACUGCAGCAGCAGCAACAACAAUCGCUGCUGCAGCUGGGCAUUGACUUAGGGCGAAUGCAGCCACAGGAGCUGCUGCGUGUUGCUGCUGCUGCUGCUGAUUUCUUUGCUGUUGGUUCUGGUGUAUGGGUACACUUAGCAUUGCAUACUCAUCAUGAGCGUGAGCAGCAGCAGCAGCAGCAAUCGUUGCUGCAGCAGCAGCAGCAGGGAGGCCCCCGAUCCAAGCAGCAGCGGCAGGAAGCAGACCUGCUAACCUGGCAGCAAUGGAGGGGCACCCUAGCAGAGCUUCUAUGCAACUUGCUGCAGUGUGUGCAGCGCAGCAGGAUGCUGACAUCACGAGCAGCAGCAGCAGCAACAGCAGCAGGAGCAGCAGCAGGGGCAUUCUCCAGUAUAACGGAGCAGCAAGCAGCAGAUAUCUUUAGGGGGGAGCAGCGGCUCAGUGCUGCGCUGCUGUCUGCUGCUAACGCAUUGCUGCUAAAUGCAAAGGGAGCAGCGCUGCUGCUGCAGCGGCAAAGGUCGUUUGCUGCUGAUGGGCUGCACCUGCCGCUGCAGCAGCAGCAGCAGCAGCACGGCGGCCUGUCUGUACACCAGAGACCCGCGUCUCUUGUGCCCCCAUCUCCGCUCUCCGUAUCAGGAGCCACAACACCAACAGCAGCAGCAACAGCAGCAGCGGCGGCAGCAGCUGCAGCAGCAGAGGCAGCCCGACCCGAAGCACUUGUUGCUGUCUCCGAAGCAGCACAGCAGCAAGUUGCUGCUGCUCUGCAUGCAGCAUUAGCAGCUGUGCUGCAGCGCAGCGCAGCAAAUGCUUCAGGACUUCCUCCACGUAGCUCGUUGUACGGCCUGAACAGCAGCAGCAGCAGCAGCCUAACUGCUGCCUCAGCAGCAGCAGAAGCAGCGGAGGCGGAGGAGACGCCACUGUCUUUCCUGCUGCAGUUGGGUCGUGAUGCAGCAGCAGCAACAACAGCAGCAGCAGCAGCAGCAACAGCAGCAGCAGGAAGCCAUGAUGAGUAUGAGUGCUGCCAAGCCAUUAGUACGCAGUGUCUCUUCUUAGGUCAUCUUCUUAGCAGCAACUGCUGUCUCCCUAGGAGCAGCGUAGAGUACUGCAGCAGCAGCAGCAGCAGCAGCAGUGCAGCAGCAGCAGCAGCAGCAGGUAGGGUACUUCCCAUUGCUGAGCUGCUGCUGAUUGAAGGAUUCUUUCAGCGUUUGCUGCUGCAGCAGCCGCUGGUGUCUCUUGUCUCCUUCUCUGGUGUCUCCGGAGACCCAGCAGCAGCAGCAGCAGCAAGACCUCUUCGUUCUCCUUAUGAUAUAGCUUGUGCGUCUGCAGCAGCAGCAGCAGCAGCAACAGGAGAAGGAACAGCAGCAGCAACUCUUAUGCGUCGUUCCUCAGCACAUAUAGCAUAUUGCCAUGUGCUGCAGUUGCUGCAGCAAGUAUUACAAUCCCUCCACCUCCAGCAACAGCAGCAACAGCAGCAUCAGCAGCAACAGCAGCAGCAGCAGCAUGAGGAAUCAAUAAGAUCUGCAUGCAGCUUGUUGCGCUUGCUGCUGCCUCGUCUCCGUUAUAUAAGCAAUUUGUCUCCUCCUUUUGUCUCCUUAGCAGCAGCAGAGGAGACAUUUCUUUAUAUUAAUAUCAUGAAAUUCUUACCAUCAUGGCAUCUAACACCAAUAGAUCUAAGGAGGGGACUGGUGCUGCUGCUGCAGAUAGUUAAUGGUAUUGUGUCUGCUGUACAGACACUGCAGCUUGUGCUGCCUAUAUCUCAUCAGCUGCCUCCUCCCCCUUCGCUGCAGUUGCCGCUGCAGGGCAGCAGCAGCAGCAGCAGCAACAUGAGGACAGCAGUUAGUGUGUCUGCAGAGCAGUACAUGCAGCUGCUGGGGAAUGACACGGCAGGAGCGUUGGCUGUCGCGCGUCGUUUGCUGCAGCAGCAGGAGCAGCAGCAGCAGAAGCAGGAGCAGCAGAGGGAGCAGCAGGAUGCAUUUGCUGCACGGCAUCAGGGAUUUGGAGGAGACAGAUGGUCAGCAGCAGGAGCAGCAGCAGCAGCAGCAGCAG